UCAGUGUUCUCACAUUUGUGACCUUAUGCUCACUGUCCUCGCCACUGCCGCUCGAACGAUUCCCAAACGAUACAUCAGCCUUUCUACUCAGAGACUACCCACACUCAACAUGUCCACGAUAUCUGCCGUCAUCACGCACGAUCAUCGCGAGAUUGAAGACUACUACAAGCAGAUCCUCACGGCCGAAGAUGAAGAUGCCAAAACGCGAUAUCAGAACCAGUUCACUUGGGAAUUGGCGCGCCACUCGCUUGGUGAAGAACUGGUCAUCUACCCUCUGAUGGAGAAAGUCGUCCCUGGUGGACAGGCCAUGGCUCAGAAGGACCGAGCGGAGCAUCAAAAGGUCAAGGAGCAGCUCAACCUGUUCCAGGGGAUGAAAGCCUCGAAUCCUGAGUUCGAGCCUACUCUCCGAGCACUCAUGUCAAACCUCUCGGAGCAUAUCAAGGAAGAGGAGCACGAUGACCUGCCAAAGCUCGAGGAGCACAUCAGUCGAGAAGAUUCGGCUUCAGUUGCCAAGGAGUUUCAGCGGACCAAGAAGUUUGUUCCGACCAGAAGCCAUCCCUCAGCCCCUGAUAAGCCGCCCUUCGAGACGGUUGUCGGACUCAUGACUGCGCCCAUGGACAAGUUGCAGGACAUGUUCAGAAAGUUCCCAAAGGACUAGGCAGAGAGAUCAGUUUGUAUGUAAUAACAUUUUCCGCCACUUUUUGAUGAAUCGCGUCGAUUGG